ACAGCUAUGGCUAGACUCGCCCGAUGCCAUGCUGUUCAUUGACAAGUCAACCGAUACAUAUGCCGUAGCCUACUUGAUAAAUGGCAUAUACGCAAAUGCUGGCGUCGGUGGCCACUAUUGGAAAUGGAUAUCAGUAUACAUAGUCAGACUGCCUGAGCACAUAUAUAGCCUCUUAUUCCCCCAUACCUUAUUCUUGGCCCACCAGUCACUACCAACUACACCCAUUUCAAGUUUCAUUAGCGCCAAUAAACACCUUGCUGGAAAUGAAGCUUUCUGCUGCCACUACCUCUUUCUUGGUUCUCGCCGCCUCUGUGCUCGCACUUGACGACAAGGUCAAGUCUGCUCUCACCCAGUUCGGAGGAAUUUACCAUCCGGACACGCACGAAACCAGCACCAUGAUCUCCGAGUUGUCGCAAUACAGCGCGACUGCAGGCCUGACAGACAUCAAGGCGAAGAUGGACAAGAAGCAGUAUGCCGCAGCCGGUGCUGCCCUCCAGCAGCAUGUGGCGUCGAUUAAGAGCGACCCACUGGUGCAGACCGGCAAGCUACGUGAUAGCUACACCAUGCUGAACCAGUGCGUGACACAGUUCAAGAGGCCUAUUGCCAAUAUCAUCAAGCGCGACCAGCAGGCCAACCAGCCAGCUCCUCCUCCUUCACCGUCAGACGACCUCGUCAGCAAUAUGCCGCGCGAGCUGCGCAUUCCCAUGCAGCCGCAGCCCAUCCGCGCCGAGACCAUGAGCCAGCAGUGGUCGACCAGCGAUCUGGAGCACCUGGAUGUCGGCAUCAUGAAGCACCGCAAACCGGAAAACCUGGCCGACCGAGCUGCGCACUGGGUAGUCAAGAGCGCACGCAAGCCCACCGACAUCUUCUUCCGCAACAAGUACCUGCACCGCUCGGUCAUGCUCGAGGUCGUCGCUGCUGUGCCUGGCAUGGUUGGUGCCUUGAUUCGCCACAUCAAGUCGCUGCAGGGCAUGCGGCACGACGCCGAGAACGAGCGCAUGCACCUGAUGACAUGGAUGGAGGUCGGCAAGCCUGUGCUCUGGGAGCGCGCCUUGAUUGCCACGGUCCAGACCGGCUUCUUUGCGGCCUUCUCUCUGCUCUACAUGGAGGAGGCCGUCACCUCGUACACGCACUUUAUCAACGAAAUUGAUGCGGGCCGGAUCGAGAACGUGCAGGCACCCGAGAUCGCCAUUGCGUACUGGAACCUGAGGCCCGAUGCCAGGCUGCGCGAUGUGGUCCUGGCUGUGCGCGCUGAUGAGGCCCUGCACAGAGACACGAACCACCACUUCAGCGACCGCAUCCUUGCCAAGCGCGAGAGCCUGUUUGACGACCUGGAAAAGAACGGCGAUCAGCCGCCUAUUCGCUACUAGAUCCUGUGUGUCGGAAAUGUCGUAUUCUUCAAUAGUUUUUAUACACGAAUGGAAAGCCACAUGUGCCCU